UUCCUCAUUAUACCAUCGUUGCAUACACGUCUUUAAAAAAAAGUCAAACGUCAACAUGACAGGUCGCGGAAAAGGCGGGAAAGGUUUAGGAAAAGGGGGUGCCAAACGUCACAGGAAAGUUCUUCGAGACAACAUCCAGGGUAUCACGAAGCCAGCCAUCAGAAGAUUGGCCAGAAGGGGAGGCGUUAAAAGAAUAUCCGGAUUAAUUUACGAAGAAACUCGUGGUGUUUUAAAGGUUUUCCUAGAAAAUGUCAUCCGAGAUGCCGUGACCUACACCGAGCACGCGAAAAGAAAGACUGUGACAGCUAUGGACGUUGUCUAUGCUUUGAAGAGACAAGGAAGGACUCUUUACGGUUUCGGAGGUUAAAUUGGUUAAUUUUGCGAAUGAUCGGAAUUUGCGCUUAGGUUAGGGAUAUUUCAAUUUUGACAAGGCCCUUUUCAGGGCCGCAA